GGAUUAAUGUAAAUUAAAGUUGAAACGAAAAUAAAAAUCAAGUAAAUGCUAUUAAAGAAAUACGUGAUUUUUACUUCAAUGAAUAUCUUUUAAAAAGAAGGGUAGAAAAGAUAGAAAUUGUUUCAACUAAUUUAAAUUUUAAAGAAAAAUAUUUGUGCAAAAUUGUUAACAAAAAAAAAAAAAAGGACUUUUAUUUGAAAGUUAAAUAGAAAAAUCAAUUAACCUUUUCGGAUAACCGACGGGGAGCAUAUUUCAAGAAAUUCUUGUUCAUACAAACUUACUAAUAUAUGUCUUUAAAAAAGCACGCAAUGGAAUACCGGUGCUCCAGCAAAACUUUAACCCAAAUAUUAGCAGUUUUUUACUUUAUUUAUAUAAAUAUGCACAUUACAUACGCUUCGCUGUGGCCCAGUUUUAACAAUGAAACGCAAUUAGACAAGUUAAAUAGAUGUAAUGGAGGUCAAGGAUUGAAAUAUUUAUCAGGUGAUGCAUUAACGGAUUCAAACGAUUGCUUGGGUCCAAAUAAUAUACCUUACCCAAGUUCGGCUAUAGCGCGUACAUUUUCUAAUUGGAACGGCAAUGCGCGACGUGGUCGUCAAAGCAAAUUUCCAAACACACUGGAUCCCAGCAUUACAAAAAAUGCACUAUUGCGUGCAUAUGGUGAGGCAAAUAAUGAAGUCAUUAAUAGCUAUCGUGUCGGACGAUCCUUGAAGAAUUCGCAAGGUACUCAAUGCAAGAGCACGCCAGCUCGUUUGUGCUCUACACGUUAUAACACCACAGCUCCCAUGUACGGAGUAAGUUUAACGUCUGGGCAACCGGUAACAAUUGUGCAAAAGUUUCCAGAUCUGCUGCAGCAAGUGGUUUUCGAAGUGUGCGAGUCUUCGGAAUGUGAUGUUGUUCGCGGCGAAUGCACGCAAACUUAUGUGCCGUACCUAUUCCUUGUCAUCCCUCUGGGGCCUGUAACGCUAACGGGCCAGGAUUAUGUAUUAGUCGAAAGCGGGUGCGUUUGUAAGCCGAAAUAUUCUACAGGUGCUGCUCAAGAACCUAAUAUGAUACCCGUUUAGUUUAGUUAAGCACAAUAAAAAAAACAAAAAGAACUGACUCAAGCCGCAGCUCAUGUGUAUUGUAAAAAUUUUAUUCUAGUUUUAGAUUUUUUUAUGGAAAUUCUGGAAUUUCCAAAAGCAAAUUGAUACAAUAUCAAAAGGCUUUAUAUAAAACAAAAAACAAAUUUUUACUCUAUAAAAUGUUAAUCGUAAAAAUAAAAAAAUUCAUUAUUAUAAAUCUCGGUUGAAAGAGAGAAAUUACGAAGACAUGUGUUGCAUUUAUUAAUGAAAACAAAGAUACAAUAU